UCAAACUUGAUCAUCCAUGGUCUAGGAUGCACGUGGGCUUGCCUUUAAGCCAUUACGCUCGACACCAUACCACCCGAAAUCCAAUGGGCGAACGGAAAAUUUGUUGAUACGUUUAAAUGAGCAUCGUUCAAGUCAAAAUGAGAAGGGACACCAGCCGUCUCGUCAAUGUCUUGUACAUACAUCAAAUCAGUUGUUACUGGAGCAAACUGGAGCAAAGCUCGUAUAAGAUUUAGUGUAACGCACGGACUACAUGAAAACCAUCAACACCAUAUGAAUAUGUUGCUGAACUUUGUUUGACUGAAUUCACUCAUCAUUAAAGCAGAAUCCAAGAACUCCACAAUCCAUAGGAAUUCACAAACAGUUGAAGAGAUGAGUUUGGUCAGCAGACAAACUAAGUGCAGCAAAGAUGCGCGAUCAAACAACAUUACAACAUGUUGAUGAUAGUAGAUUUGGCAGCAACUUCAACAAUUCUUCACAUUCUCUUCAGCAAGAUUGUGGAUGAAAAAACAAGUACAAACAAGCUAAAAAGAAGCAUACCUGAACUAAAUAUCAAAGAAUUGCAUUCUCAGCAAGCGAGAGAUCUAGAAGUCUCAGAUGAUCUGGCUGUGCCAUUGUAUACCCAACAACAGAUGAAACAGAUCCCUACCAGUAUAGCGGCAAGAUCAACAGCAGCAGCUCUCAACAUCCACAAAGGAAGCAUCAAGAUUCUCCGAACCGCAAAAUGUGCCAAACAAAUUACUCUUGAUGGCUUUGCCUUGAACGACGUAAAUACCCUCACUUAUUUAGUCAAUAUCAUUAUUGUCUAGGGUGGAUCUCAUGCGGUUUUGAUGGGGCAGAUUGGUUAACCAGAAAUAAAUUUCUGGAGCUGAGAUUCUUCGGAAAUCCCAACUAUUAGCA